AUUCUUUUUCUAAUGUCUGCCCUCAUAAACUGCCAUAUUUUGUAGUGCGUAGCCUGAUCCAUCCAUCCUUGCAGCAAGCCAUAGCAGCAAGCCGAGCAUGAAGCCUAGCAAGCUGGCGAGCGUUCCCUGACCACUCCAACCACUCCUUCGCUUCGGUUCGCUGACGAUCGCUUCGCUCGGCGCCGAGUCGGACUCAGCGAGCGGCACUGACAGUCCGAGAAUGUUCGGCCGGCUACUGACCAGGUGCCUUCAGACGUCCGCCGGCGCGCCCGUCGAGAAAGCGGCGCUCCUCGAGCUGCGCAACAAGACUGGCUACACCUUCUCCAACUGCAAGAAGGCUCUGCAGCUGAGCGACAACGACGUCAGCAAGGCGGAGCGCUGGCUGCACCAGCAGGCCCAGGAGCAAGGGUGGGCCAAGGCGUCGAAGGUCACUGGCAGGGCCAGGGGUCAGGGACUCGUGGCCGUGCAUCGAGAUGGACCCUUCGCUGCCAUGGCCGAGGUGAACUGUGAGACAGAUUUCGUGGCGCGCACGGAGGACUUCCGAACCUUUGUGGACAAGCUGGUGCGGGCGUGCACGAGCCAUGCCAAGAAGCUGCCUUCUCUGGAGACGGGCGUCACAAGGGUGUCGUUGGCCAGUGCGGAGGUGGAGAAACUGCGGGUGCGAGACGGAGGCGCGGUUGGGGAGGCGCGUGCCCUGCUUGUGGGGCGACUGGGAGAGGAUGUGGCGGUGCGGAGGGUGCUGUGCCUCCGGUCUGAGGCCGCCCUGCUGGCCGGCUUCUGCCACGGGGACCAGGCGCCGCAGACCUACCCCUGCUUCGGCAAGUACGGCGCCCUGGUGACGUACCGCGCCCUGAGCGAGUGCAUGCUGUCCGAGGAGGAGCUGGAGCAGCUGGGGAGGGGCCUCUGCCAGCAGGUGGUGGGGAUGAGGCCCUCCUCUGUGGGGCUGCUUGAGGACUUCCUCAGGGAGCAGGAGGAGCAGGCCAAGAGGGACGCCCAGCUGGACAAAGACGCGGAGGAGGGAGAAGAAAAGAAGGAGGGGGAAGAAGAGAAGGAGGAGGGAGAGGGAGAAGAGAUCGUCAGUAAGGAGGAGGAAGAGAAGGAAGAGAAGCGGCUGCUCUUCCAGGACUAUGUGCUGGAUCCUGACAUCAAGGUCGGCACGCUAGUGGCCGACAACCACAUCGACGUCAUGGACUUCGAGCGGUUCGAAUGCGGAGAGCCUCUCGACUAGCAGGUCGUGAGGCCCACUGAUCGACAACAGCCAAUGCUUCGGCAGUCUGCUUUUAAGGCUGGUUCCCACGCUCGCUUUUGGGUGCGAUGACCGUCUGCAUCGUGCACGCUUGCAGCCGCUUACGACUAGAAACCACUCUGGCGCCAUCUACCAGCAGCCCCGAAACACUUCCAAUUUGCGUAUAUAUUUCCCUUUUUCGGGUUAUUUUUUAUUUUUUAAAUAAUUUCAAUGAUGUUUGAAGCGACUGCUGCCAAGAGUGGAUUUGACCUGGCAAAUAGUUCAAAACCUUCUAUGUAGUCAGAUUGGAAAUGUUUCAGAACCACCUGUCAAAGGCACCACUGUGUUAGCGGUUACAACAGAGCAUGAUACACUCAGUCGCAACCAAAUGCAAGCAUGUGAAUCACCUCUCACGGUGUACGUUGCUAGAGCACCGAACACAUAGAAGCAGGUGCCACUGUGCGACCCACUUCUCCGAGACCUGCCUGCACGCUCGUUAGAUGUUCAUAGUUACUUGUUUUGCUGCCUGAAUUGUAUAGUCCUUUUAUUACCGAGUGCGGGCAAUCACUGUUUUGUACUUCCGUCCUACUGUGCAGAGAAGUAAAUCUCCGUUGCACAUUUGUUUAA